UCAAAGGAGUUCUGAUACAAAGAGAUCAUGUCUUCUCCUCAAAUUGUGCUGAUUUCUGGCUGUUCUAGCGGCAUCGGACUCCCUACAGCUGUGUUUCUCGCCAAAGAUGCUCAGAAACGCUUCAAGGUCUACGCCACCAUGAGAAAUCUGGCGAAGAAAGGACAACUGGAGGAAGAAGGAAAGGAAUAUCUUGGAGACACACUGCUCAUCAAACAGAUGGACGUCUGUAUUGACGAGUCAGUGGAGAAAGCUGUGAAAGAAGUGCUGGACACAGAAGGGAGAGUUGAUGUACUUUUUAAUAACGCCGGCACGCUUAUUAUGUCAGCGCUGGAGUGUGUUCCCAUCAAAGUCACCAAUGAACUGUUUGAAGUCAACGUCUUCGGAGCACUGAGAUUGAUCCAGGCCGUGCUACCUAGCAUGAAAGCGAGGCGGAGUGGGCUGAUCAUUAAUAACAGCAGCCAUCACGGUGUUGUUGGAGUUCCUUUUGUGGAAAUUUACAGCUCGUCAAAGUUUGCUUUGGAAGGUCUGACAGAGAGUAUGGCUCCACUACUCGGUCAGUUUAACAUAAGAUGCUGUCUGCUGCAACCAGGUCCCGUUGAAACUCCUGUAAGGUCGAAAGCGAGCGACUGGAGCCAAGAAAGCUUAGACUUGACAACUAUGGACGCCAAGACGAAAAGUUUGAUGGAAGCGGUUAAUGAAUAUUUUGGCAAAAUUCUCGGUGAAACCAUUCAGAGUAGUGAAGAAAUUGCGCAAAUUGUACAAGAAAUCAUUUUAGGGGAGAAGAAAAACCUGCGACAUCAAACUAAUGUAAAAUACGGCCCCGGUGAAAUUGCUGCCAAAUUAGCAGAUCCUACGGGGGACGCAUUGAUUAAUCUUGUGGCUAAACGUUAUUUAAAUCAGUAAAUGUUCUGUUAUUUGUCUAACUCCAUUUCUUCAGUAAGCUUUUAAGUCGGAAAUCUUACAUUAACUUUGGUGAAGUUUACUUCAUAUGAGUAUCUCGACAUUGUGAAAAUUAGGUCUG